AUGGAGGUGAAGAAAUGCGAAAGAGGAGAGGAAGAGAUCUUGGGUAUGCUAGCGGCGAGUAUUACCCCGAGAGAAGAGAUGGAUGAGAUGCUGAUCGCAAUCUCCCCGCGCAAGGACUGCCGACUCAAGAUAUCAACGUCACCACCAACGGUGGAAGUAGAUGAGAAGUUGCUGGUAGCCAGUUUCGAUGGAUCGGCGAGGAUAAAGAAGAAAGGAGGUUCGUUCAGUGCCGUGAUAUGGAGGCUUCCUGAGUGGAAAAUAGUGGCAGGGGAAUACAGAUAUGCUCUCGACCUGACCGUGAACGAAGCUGAGUAUAAUAGCUUUCUUUUAGGCUUCGAGUUACUCGCCGAUCUGGACAGGGGGCGAGUAAUUUUUUGUGGAGACUCCAAUUUGGUGAUCCGACAGAUGCGCGGUUAG